UCACUCUAAUUGCUCUUUCCUGAAGGAGAGCGAGUCUUACGAGAGGCACAGCAGAGUGAGACAGCUGACUGGAAACGGUGUGCAGGAGCAUCUGAGCGUUUCACAUCUGGACACAAGCAGGAAAAUGACUAUUCAACCCACGACUUUCCAAAACGUCAGUAUGGCAGUGUUGGAUGGACUCCACAACAGCACCAACAGCAGCGGUUGUCCAGACACAGAAGCCUGGAAUUGGGUCUACGCCCACGAGCCGGCUUACAUCGCCAUCAUCUGUGCUUUGGGAAUUCUGCUUAAUCUAUUUGUCCUGAUCGUUUUCUGCUUCCACAACAAGCCCUGCACGGUGGCAGAGAUCUUCCUGGGCAACCUGGCAGCUGCCGAUCUGAUCCUGGUUUGCUGUUUGCCGUUCUGGGCCGUCAACAUUGCCAAUAAUUUCAAUUGGCCUUUUGGCCAAUUCAUGUGCAAGGCUGUGAAUGUGGGCAUUAAGAUGAACGUCUACUGCAGUACAUACUUCCUUGUUUUGGUUAGCAUAGAUCGCUACAUAGCACUGGUGCAUGGUUUGUCUCAUGGAAGAAUGCGUAGGCCGAAGUAUGCAAAACUAAGCUGUGUGAUGACAUGGGGCUUUGGCUUGCUCCUGAGCAUACCUGCAUUUAUUUUCCGGGAGGUGGAAUACUUUCCACAGUAUGGAGUUCAUGCAUGUUAUCUAGCCUACCCAAGCCGAACCAUGGAGCUUUGUUAUAACGGUGCACUCAUCUUCCUUAGCUUCAUGCUUCCCAUUUCAAUCAUUUCUUUCUGCACCUGGAAAAUUAUUCGUGCUUUGAAAAACCAAGCAAUAGACAGGUUCAAUGCUGAGAAAACAGAGCAGAAAGCAACCAUCUUGGUGCUGGUUGUCCUCCUGGUCUUCCUCUUCUGUUGGAUUCCAUUUCAUUUGGUCACCAUGUUGGAUCUCCUCUUUAAAGCUCAAGUCCUCACAGGUUGUGCUCUGGAAUCAGCCUUGGAUAUCUGCAACCAGUUCUUCACCUACCUGGGCUUUUUCAACAGCGUCCUGAACCCCAUCCUUUAUGUUGUUGUUGGGAAAAACUUCAGGAAAAAAGUGCAGGAAUUGUUAAAGCAGUGGGGCAGCAGAAGAAGGAUGAACUUUGAGUCCACGCGGUCAAACAUGUCUUCUACGCUCAAGACUUUGGUCUAGAAUACACCCAACCAUCUUACAGACUUUUAAAAGGACAAUUAGGAUAUUACUUUUGUUUUUUCUGUAAAUAUCUCCUUUGUGAUCCAAAUGCUAAGCUCAUACUGAGAAUCUAGAGUCUUUUGGAUUCUGUUUAUGUGAUGUGUAAGUAUUAUUUUAAAGGGGCCAUACCUUGCUUCUCUUAAGUCUUUCAGGGUAAACUAUAUCCGUAUAUAUGAUCAUACAUGGGGCUGCAUGGUGGCGCAGUGGUUAGCGCUCUUGCCUCACAGCGAGAAGGCCCCGGUUCGACUCCCGGCUGGGACCUUUCUGUGUGGAGUUUGCAUGUU